GACACAAAACGCCGAAUGUUGCAAACAAGAAUUCGUGUGUGUUUUGCAGACUUGGGAAAAGCCAGACAGUAGCAGCAUGUUCAGAUAUUAACUGUGCAUCUCUGCACCAGGCGUCCAACAGCAACUUAUUUUAACCUGACCGGUCAUAUUAUGUCCUUUUGUUGCAUCACUUCAUUCAUAUAAAGCUUCACAGGCCAUUUCCCUUUAAUAAUUACCCACCCCCCUCCUCCUGUAUAUCUAUCUGUACAACCUGUCUCUGCAUUUUAACAUUCAUUUAAUUUCCCAUUUUUAACCCCUUCUCUGAAUUCCCUCGGGUUUUUUUUUGUUUUUUUUUCUCUUCUUCGUGCUGUCCUUCCCUCUUAAUUUUCCAGUUUACGUUCUCUGCACAUUAUGCUUUCUUAUUCUGUGCCGGCUAUACGGUGCCACUUUCGCCUGCCCUUAUCCCUUUACUUCUGCCCUUCGUGUCCGCUGUGCCGCCCGGGCAUCACUUGCACGCUGAGCCUGGUGGCCCCGGGUUUCCCUGGCGAGGCGGACCGCUCGCAGAGGCGGAGGAGAGAGAGCCGUGGGUCGGCGCUGCACACCACCGAGCGGCGCCUGCACAGCAGAUGAGCGAAGAGGAGCGGCGCUGGCAGCCAGACCGCGGCGUCUUUUGCCUUGCUGUGUCCCCUUCCCCCUCCCCUGCCGUCAGCCUCACUAGCUCGCUCCCUCCCUGCCUUCCCCUUCCACUGCUCGCAACUCGCUCCCUGCCAGCUCCAAUGCGGCUCCGUCUGAAUCCCACUACUGGCUUGAUUCUCUUUUACCCGCCUCCCGACCACUGCCUCCUCGCCGAUUUUUCCGGGAAGCCGAAGGAGGCGAAUGUGGAUCCAAUGAAAACCUGAACACGUUGGACGGAUGAGGCUGUUGCACAAGACUGCAGUGAAAAUGCACGGGACCGGUUUGACACUUGGGUUCGCGUAAGGAGUGAUUCUUUUAUUUUUAACAAAAAGGGAGAUAAAGGAAUAAGGAGACCAUCUGGCAAUCUCUGAGUGGACAACUUUAGCUGGCGUGUUUCCCUGUAGGAUGUGCAGCAACUCAGCUUCCAGCCAGGACGAUGAAAGACAGUGUAAGUUGCUAUCCUAUAUGUUUUACCAGGCAGUUAGAGACCACAAGCCCGCAUGGAUGCUAGAGGACAUGAGGACUAUGGAAUCGUUUUACUGGGAAGACAACACCAGCCUACGCACUUACUCGCCUUCAGAAGCCCUCCUAUACGCAGUGGUACACAAUCACCUCCCGUACGCCCAAUACUUAUUAACUCAUUACCCGGACGAGGCACUGGAGGUACCUGGGGAUCGCUUCUGCUGUUGCCCUUCCUCUGCCCCUCACCUCGCCAUGGCGGUCAGGUAUGACCGCAAGGACAUCCUUGGCCUCAUCCUGAAGAUAACGCACCAACUCCCGGGCUUCAAGUCUUACAUCAACAGGAAAGGCUGCUUCCACAUAGAAGACGGCAAGACCCCUUUGCACUUAGCCUGUGAGCUGCUCAGGGCCGAGACUGUUCUCAUGUUGCUGGGCAGCGGCGCCUCACCCAAGAUCGUGGACAGCAAAGGGCUGACCCCUCUGGAUGUCAUCCUGGAGCAACUUCGGGUGUCAAAGAUCAACGUCGAGUCCAAGAAGCUGUGCAUCGACCAGCUGCUGCUGUUCAUGUCCAGUCUGCAGUUCAAAAUGAAGAGGGUUCUGGAAGACAAUCCGAAAGAAUGGAAUGGGCUUUUGGGAGAGGAGAAGUACAACUACCUCUGCGGGAAAACACCCGCCACUUUAUUCCUCAUUUCCAUGCAGGGCAUUUUAAAAUGCCUACCACCGUCUCGAUUCCCAGCCUGCAUUAAGGAAUUGCCCAUACCCCAGUCCCUAAAGCCGUUGCCUUUAGGAAUGUCGACAUUCCGCUGUGUGGACGUCCUGUAGCAUACCGAAAGACUUCGAAUUUUCUCUGAGAGGCAUUUUUGAACGUGAAUUAAUUGUUUCUGCCGGAGCAUGCUGUUGCAUCAAAUACAAAAUAGUCCUCUAAUGAUACUGCAUGGCGUGUUAUACUUUCUUAUAGAUUUUUUAGCUGGGUCAUCCCAUCACGUGUUCUUAAGUACAAGCUUGAAAAUCAUGGACAUGAAAAAAUUAGCUGACAGAUAAUAUGCAAAAGCAUGUUUUUUUUUAACAAAAAUACCGGAUACGGAAGGUGCUGAACAGAAUUGCUAUGUUCGGCUGCUUAAUGAUAAAUUGCCUGAAUCAAAUCUAAGAGGAAAAUUGCAACUCCAUUCUGUGCAACUGCGUGGUCGGGUUCAAUAUAGUGCAGUACAUGCAGAUGGUAAAUUUCUGUAUGUAUUCUGUAUGAAAUCUGGCUGUGGAUUGGAUUCCUGCCAUUGCAUAGAACGUGAGUUGAUAGUAAAGAAAAUGAAGUUUAACUUUGGCAAAAAAAAAACACAUAUUAGCAUGGCGUGCAUCGUUGCCGGAUAGAUAUUUUAAAGUAACCCAGUUCUUUUUCGGUUUCAUAAUGGAAUGCGCUGCUUUAGCCUUCAGCACGCAACGCGCCUUAUUUUAAAAGCGUGUGCUUGUGUGGUCUAAUCCCAACCAGAAGGGAGUAUUUCUGUGGCGAAAAUCUUGAAAUCAAUUUCAAGUACUCCGGAGAAACACUAGCAAAAUAUAUGGGUGAACUAUUGUUAUAACAGAGAAAAUAAUAUGAAAUGAAUAGAUGUGCAUGCUUAUUAUCAAUACAAAAAUUAACAUCAUUGAACUAUAGAGCCAAUAAAUUGUAUUUAAGAUUUGAAUUAGUGCCAAAGCUUAUGAAUUUAUAUUCUAAUGAUUGUUUCACGAGUGUACAUACCCAUUAAUGAGGAUUUUAAUAAUUUUUACAUGUACAUUUAACAGACUUUUUAUUUUCUGAAACUUCUAUUCAUGUAUAUUUGUUAAUUAAUAUAAAAUAAUUACAUUCAAAUAUUUAUUGCAACAAUAUAGCUGUGAUAGCCAAUAUUUUAAUCACUUGCUGAACAUGGCUGAUUAUGAACUAGAUGCUACUAAUUUCUGGUUCAUGAACAAUAGAAGAGUUUUCAAUAUCAGUAAAGGACAUGUGGUAUUAAUAUUUACCAGUAUGACUACAUGCAUAUGUAUUUUAAUCUUUCUGUCCAUUUGUUGACAAGAUGGUAUGAUAAAAAGUAGAGUAACAGGUAAUAAUAUGACAACUUAAAUGUAAUAAACCACCCCGAGUUACUUCUAUUUGAUACAACUUCAUCUAAAGAGAUCUUAAAUGUGAUGACCGAAAUCUUGACCAAGCUUGUAGAUUUAAAAGAUUAUCAUAAAGAAGGAAACGUGGAGCAAGGAAGUAAGGUUGAUGGAGGGAAACCCAAAGCUCAGAGCCUUGAGGCAGGUGAAGGCAUGGGUCCAAAAGAUGAAACAAAAAUCAGGGAUGGACAAGAGAUCAGAAUUAAAAGAGCAUAGAUAUUUCAGCUCAUGUGCAGGGCUGAAGAACAUUACAGAACUAAGAAGGUUCAAGUCCAUGGAGUUCACUGAAUUUUCUUUUUAUUUGUUCACAGGAUGUGGGCAUUGCUGGCUGGGCCAGCAUUUACUGCCCAUAGUUAAUUGCCUAGAGAGCAGUUAAGAAUCAACAAAAUAGUUAUAUGUCUGGAGUCACAUGUAGAAAAGCUAGACAAGAUAUUUUCUAUAAAACUACUUCAUGUAUCUAAAACAGUGUUGCUGUAAAUCUGUGACUAGCUAGUGAUUUAUAUUGGAUAGCAAUGCAGUAAAUAAUUUAUAAUCGAAUUAUAGAUGCAUGUCUAAGUAGGAAUAGACAUAUUUUGUAUCGCUGAUAUGCAUGAGUGUGG